AUGGAUCACGCCCAGCGCUCGACCCGCCUGGCCUGGGCGUGCGACCGCUGUCGUCGCCAGAAGCUCAAGUGCGACGUGGAGAAGCCAUGCAUCCUGUGCGUCCGGGCCGGGGUCGCGUGCGAACCGCAGCUCCCGGCUCAGGACACCCCGUUGAAGCGGAAGAGAUCCGUCCAGUCCGACAUGCCACGCCGUGCCAAAGCGACGGGGCCAAGUUACGCUGCCCAACACGGCGUCGUCCCACAGGUGCCGACCAGCGGCAGCACCACGUGCAGCCCAAUGAACGAUCCCGCGCACGGUGCGGGCCUCGAUGUCGGGGACAUCACGCGGACCAGCCCCGAGGAAAGCCAGCAAUACGGCGCCAACGACUCGUCCAUGGGCUUCGCCAAGAUCCUGCUCGGCGAAGACGACGACAGCGACUCACCCGCCAGCGGUGCCAUCCCGGGCGACGCGGGCCGCUCGGCCACAAACCCACAGUCGUUCGGCUCGAUCUUGACGCCCCUGCCGUCCCAGACCAUCCUCCAGGUUGCCGUGGACGCCUACUUUGACCGCGUGAACUGGUACAUCAUGCUCUUCCACCAGCCGUCGUUUGCGAUCAAGACGCAGAACAUCCUCCGACGGACGGCGUGGCGACGCGACGAGCUGUGCGACGUGAUGGUGGUGGCCACGGUCGCGGCGCUGGGGUUGCGGUGUGUCGAGCAUGACAAGACGUGGAAAGGCCACCACUUGCUCGAGGCCUACUCGGUCACGGCCGAGUCGCUCGUGUCGGACCUGAUGUCGCAGAUCGCGUCUCGCUUCUACGAGCUGAUGCUGGAGUCACGCAUCGAGGUGUUCCAGAUCUGCAUGCUGCUGACCAUCUACCACGUCUACUUCGGGUCGUCGACAUUGGCCUGGAACGUUUCCGGGGUGUCGACUCGGACGGCGUACGCACUGGCUCUUCAUUGCGACAAGGCUCGAACCACGGACGAGAUUGCGCGCGAAGUGAGCAACCGAUGCUGGAACCAUUUGGUCGUGUCGGACCAGUUCUCGUCCAUGAUCUUCGGGCGUCCAGCCUCUCUCGACCCGGCCUUUGCCCAGUUCAAGAAGCUCGCCGACCUGGACGACACCGACCUCCCCGACACCACGGCCGCCCUCGGAGUGUUCCAAGAACCCGGCCGGCCCGCAACGUUUCUGACCUACCACACGCUCAAGUUCGAGCUGUACGACAUCAUCCGCCAGACGCUGCAGAGCUUCCGGGUGCUGCAGCUCCAGAGCCCCGUGUCGGUGCAGGACCUGAAGUCGCUGAUCCACGUCGUCAACACCACAGAGCUCAUGUUGAAGCAGUGGCACGACAACCUGCCCGCGGUGUUCAAGUCCACACGCUGGCCCGCCGACGAUCCCUGGAACGUCCUCGAACUCGACCAGUGUAGCCCGGAAGAACUCGGCGUGCGCCGGAAGAUCGGCUUGCAGGGUUUCAUUCUUCAGCUCCUGUACGACGCCGCCCGGGUGUGGGCGCACCGGCCGCUCCUCAAACUCCGCAUCUCCAUCUCCCCCCCCAAGGAAGGCAGCGACCACAAGAUUGCGCGCGACGACAUCCCGGACUCGCUGGGGACGUCGGUGCGGGCGGCGCUGCGCAUGUCGCGGGUGCCCGUGCACGAGUUCGAGGGCCACCUGGCGCAGUCGUUCGUGCUGAUGCACCUGUUCACGGCGGGCGUGAUCCUGUGCAUCGCGCCGACGUGCCAGCCCUACAGCCAGAUGGCCGGCGAGGCCAAGGCCGGCGUGCUGCGCAUUAUCGCCGCCUGCCGCGCCAUCAAGGACGAGAGCAAGAUCGCCCAGCACACCGACCAGAUGCUGACCCGCCUGUACAAGAAGACCAUGCAGCGCGAGAUGGACAACGCGUUACGCCCGCCGGACACGGCCAUGGGCAUGGGACUGGGCAUGAUCACCACCACCACCACCUCCUCCUCCUCGUCCUCCUCAUCCAAAGAUCGGCUGGCGCCUUUGACGCUGGCCAGCACCAGCACCACGAGGCAGUUACACCAGCAGCAGCCGGGAAACGGCGGCGGCGGUGGCAAUGUCGACUAUCUCCAGUCGAUCCUCGGGGGAGGCGGAGGAGCGAGUAACAUAAUGUCCAAAGCCACUGCUUAUCAAGUAGGUAUGGAGACGGCGAGCCCAACCGCUGGAGGCCAGCUGUCUCCUCUGGACUACCACCGUUCUAGCGCCGCCACCGCCGCCGACGACCAAUUUCCCGACCACCACCAACCUGUCGUCUCGUACCUGCAAUUCGAGUCGCUGUGCCACAACAACCCGAUGAUGUCGCACGUCAACGAACACAUCGACGAAGCAUAUGGUGCUUUUGAACAGAGUAAGUAG